CGGCGACACACCUCCGGCUGAAAAUAAAACUGCCGUGGCGCAACACGAGGACCUGCAUGCGGGCAGAGAAGGUCUGGCCGUCUCCUCCAACGGAGAGCAACGGUGCCUGGAGCAUAGGCCGGGGGCCACCACCUCUCAUCAGGAUCCGCAGCACUGCAGGUUGCAGCAGGGGAAUUUUCUUGUCGGCGGGAGUAGCAGCAGCAGCAGCAGCAGUUGUAGAGUGAAGCCUGCUGAUGUUGCGCUGCCGCACGUCGGCCAGGAGAGUCGUCAGGUUCAACUAGGGAUGCCAAUUCGUUGUCCACAAGAACACACCACGGUCGUCGAAAGGGAAUCUGCGACAUCAAGGGCUUUUGGUCGUGUUGUACCACCAGGGCGGGCUUGUGUUGGAGCGCCUGCAGCUCCUGUGCCGCCUCCAUUGCCGUCAAGAGCAGCAUCUUCACGAUUUCCCAUCGUGGCACAGGACGACCCUACCUUCGAAGAGCCGAUGAAAGGAGGUACCGCGGUGUCGGCCUUGAAGAUCAACGAGCCACGAUUCCUUUUGGGAGCUGGUUCUGCAGUGGUGUGUCAAGGAAGGAUCGUCCAGAACCAAACAGGAGACCACGAGAGGGGACGAACAACAACGCCUGCGGCUGCUACCGGUGGGAAAAUAAACGAUACCCCGCUUGUCGCUGGCAUACGACGACAGCUUGAUGUUGAUCGACCUCCAUCAUCGGAACUGCCUCCCCGUGGUCUAUUUCCCCCACAUCAAAAAAUGGUACAACAGCCUUUCGUGAUGUGCCCGCCCCACGACCCCUUCGCCCUCCUUCGCCCCCAGAUCGCGAGCAAGCUGGUUCCAGCCCGGGAGCUGCCGGAUCUGUUCGGUUUCGUGCUUUUUUGGAAAGAGAGAAACAAGUACACGGAAUUUGUGUUGGACACAUGUAAGAAUUAUAAUCGGGGAGGACAAGAAGGUCAAGGCCCAGGACAAGAUCUUCAGGAAAGACCCUCUAGUACGACAGGGGUCGCGAAGUGCAUUCACUUCCACCCGCGCCAAUGUGCGCUGGAUGAGCGGAUGGCCGAAUCAAUCGAGUUUCGGGCGUACGAGAGUCGUGCACAAAUGAUCUCCCACUGUCCUCAUCGUAAAUACGCAAUUAAUUCCUGCUGUGAAACGUAGAUCCUUGUUCUAGAGCUAACAGGACAUCUUCACCACUCAAGUAUGCAUGAACGAACACGUACACGUGUAGUCUACUGCGCGGAAAAACGCGUACCUACUUACGUUAGCAUUCUUUCCCGCUGGGUUUAUUUCUGUUGUUCAUCUUCCUGCUCGUGCUCUAUCAUUCCGAAUGAAAGAUGAGACCAGGGGGAGAACUUCUUGUGCACUUUCAUAAGGUGAUGGAGCUGCAGGGCUCCGGGUUGAACAAACACGAGCGGGAGGAACAGCUUCGGAAAUUCAAGUGGGACCAGUAUCUCGCGGUGCUCGACGUGAAGUACCCGGAGGAAAACGGGCGAGGAAGACCUGUUCCUCCUGAAAAGGCAGGAACUACAAAGGAAUUUUUAAAUCCAACCUCCGCAGAGGUGCUCGAUAAAAACAGGACCUCCGAUGAACUACAAGAAGUAGACCAGACCAUGGUGGGGAAGUUCGUGAAGAUUUGGGGUCGGCGGCAGCGCGAGAAAUUUUCCAGCUUCGAUAUGACCUGCUCAAACGUUACAAUCUCAAAUGUGACAAUAGAGCCUGGGAUUUGUCUUGCAUAAUGAGCAUGACAGACUCGCAGACCGUUCCACUUUCUGCAAUACAAAUUUCGGCAGAUUGUUGUGCGGUUUGGGACUCCGGAACCUGUCAUGCGCAGUUCUAUGAGACUGGCCUAGAUCAUGCACUUCUUGCAUCACAGAUUUCCAGACUCUAUGGUAACCGAUUUGAGAUUGUAACGUUUGAGCAGGUCAUAUUCGACUGGAUCGACUCCGGUGGGUGGUUGUGGUACGCGAAUCGAAUCGUGGUCGACGACGAUCCGAUGGCGUUUGUGUACCUGGACGUCUCCAGGUUUGACCACGAAAAAUCCGCGGUAAGUUCAUCAGGUAAAAAUUCCGCGAAAAUUAAUAAAGCUGGUGCAAAUAUUAACACCGGUGGUGGUUUGAUGUUCAUCGGAGACCACGACAAUAAUUUUGAUCGAAACAACAAUUUCGCAACGCACGUUUGUUCUUCCACUAGGACAGGAGCCCAACAUGGUGGACCACGCAAUCGCAAUCAUGGAACAAUUAAACUGCAAUCAAGUUCUUGUUUUGGAAGAAUUUACUCGGAAGGUUGCCGUAUGAUCCACGCAUUUUUGUUCACCUCCUGCGCCAACAUGAUUUCACUCAAC